AUGAAAACAAAAUCAGCAUCAUUUGAUCCUGAUCUAUUGUUAGUGAACCCUGAACCUGAACAGCGAAAUACACCCAACCAACCGAGUUCUGAGAUCGUCAGCUUACUUCCUAGGAAAAGGGAUCAAAAUGUCAAAUACGUGUUUAGAAUGGGAGAAAUAGGGACGAAUAAAGAGCUUAUAUACCUAUUCUCAUUGAUUGUGGUUCUUCUAGAGUUUGGUGGUGUAUUUGCGUUUGGAGCUGCCUUUGUCGCUCUUCUAGAAAAAUAUCAAAGAGAUCGAUCAACUACUGCUACAGUGCAAUCAAUCAUGAUUGGAGUUACUUUAAGCUUUGGUGUUGUAAGUGGCACUCUAAUAAGUCGAUUAGGACUACCAUUGGUACUUUUGGUAUCGUGUAUUCUGGUUCCAGCCGGAUAUUGCUCUUCUUUCUUUGCCACCAGAAUAGAGCAUCUCUAUGUCAGUAUCGGCAUUGUAUCAGGAAUAGGCGUUUCGUUGGGAUACAUCAGUUCUGUUGUUGUAGUUGGCAGAAUGUUCAAAGGAAAGAAAAGAGUUUUGUAUUUAUCAAUACAGACUGCAAUCAGUUCAUUAUCAGGACUUAUUUACCCAUACAUUUUGGAGUGGUUAAUUGGAUCUUAUGGUCUAAAUGGAACGUUCCUACUUCUUGGUGCGAUUUACAGUAACAAGAUUCCGUUCUUAAUUCUGUGUAUAACAAAUCGAAAAUCACUUACCACCGAUGUAGCCUCAAAGAAUGACGUAAAUACAAUCUGUGAAAAAGAAAACCCCAUCAACAAAGCAAAGAAAAACGCCAUUCUAGACAGCAUUCAAAAUUUCAAACAAAUGAUGAACAUUACAUUUUCUUUAAUUCUUUUAGCAUCAGGAGUUUCAGUGGCUGGUAUAAAUGGAUUUAUAGGUCUUGUACUUGAUAUAACCUUAUGGAAAGGUUUCACAAAUUCUCAGGCACUUUUCACAUUCGUAAUCUUCAACAUCGCAAAUACUUUAUCAAGACUUGUUCCAGGCUUUCUGAAACAAAUAAAAGGAUUUGAUUCCUUCAUAUAUCCAAUAAUUUCAACACUAUUUGGUUUUAUUGGACAGUUAUUAUUCUUUUUCGGUAACAGUUACUCAGUUUUUAUGACAGGGGUAUGUCUUACCGGUCUGUGUAUUGGCGGAAUAAUUUCAUCUCAAUUAUUAGUAUUGGUGGAAAUAGUAAGACCUGAGAAUAUUCCUGUAGCCUCGGGACUACUUUUAACGGUGACCGGCAUUAUAUCUGUGUCUACAGGACCAGUCUUUGGAAAGCUCAGGGAUAUUUUUGGCAGCUACGGUAUAGUAGUUCUAACUAUUGCUUGUCUACAAGUUAUAGCAACAGUACUAUUCUGUAUUGCUUUAAUAUACAGGCGUAUAGAUACCAAUAAAAAGAAGAAAAUACAACAAAAAAGAAGAAACACGGUUUUCGCUAUUACAGUAUCGGAACUAUGAAAAGAAUUUUCAAUUCAAGUUGCUUGAGAAUUUUUUUCAAAAGCCAAACGAGUUAGUGCUAAAGCAAUUCACCAAACAAUGAAGUUUACGUUGUUUUUAAGUGUUUAGGGAUAUGAUGUGCCAGCCACGUGGUACAUCUACAAAGGUUGAUCAGACAAUAAGCAUGAGGGUGGGUCAAUAUAUAAUGGAAUAUGAAGAAGAUUUUCUAAUGAAGAUUUUGAUUCUUGUGUUUUUGUACUCUUAGUAAACUAUGCUAUGCUUUAAAGCAUUUGCUUUCAAAUGAUAUCAACAUCAUGUGUGUAGUAAACCGAUUAAGAAUUUUAUCCACAUUUAAUUAAAAUACUUUACACGAGUAACUGCAUGUAAAAUAUGCCUGUUAAACAACCAGUUAAAAGUGUUGUGAUUGAUUAUGAUUGACUAAGAUGUCAGAUUUUUACUUACCCAGAUUGCCCACAUCGCAGGGAUACUAAAAGAGUAAACUCUACGAUUUUGUAGAAUCACUUGCAAGUUAAGCGAAUAACUGCCAGAUGGAUAUCCCAUUUUCUAGCAUCUAACAAGGAGGAGCGAAUAAAUGCCCUCGAAAAUUCUAGGAAAUGAUUCCUUAAUAUGACAGUGCCCGUUUACCUUAUAUUGCGACUGGUGAUGAAAGCUGGUUUUAGUAUUUUACACCAGUUCGCAAGUGUAAUAAUAAAAAUGGGCCGUCG